AUGAGUCAGUGUAGUUCUUCUUCCCAAAUAAGUGUGUGUCAGUGUAGUGCUUCUUCCCAAAUAAGUGUGUGUCUGUGUAGUGCUUCUUCCCAAAUAGGUGUGUGUCAGUGUAGUGCUUCUUCCCAAAUAGGUGUGUGUCAGUGUAGUGCUUCUUCCCAAAUAGAUGUGUGUAAGUGUAGUGCAUUUUCCCAAAUAGGUGUGUGUCAGUGUACUGCUUCUUCCCAAAUAGGUGUGUGUCAGUGUAGUGCUUCUUCCCAAAUAGGUGUGUGUCAGUGUAGUGCUUCUUCCCAAAUAGCUGUGUGUCUGUGUAGUGCUGCUUCCCAAAUAGAUGUGUGUCUGUGUAGCGCUUCUUCCCAAAUAAGUGUGUGUCAAUGUAGUGCUUCUUCCCAAAUAAGUGUGUGUCAGUGUAGUGCUUCUUCCCAUAUAGGUGUGUGUCAGUGUAGUGCUUCUUCCCAAAUAGGUGUGUGUCAGUGUGGUGCUUCUUCCCACAUAGGUGUGUGUCAGUGUAGUGCUUCUUCUAAAAUAGGUGUGUGUGUGUGUAGUGCUUCUUCCCAAAUAGGUGUGUGUCAGUGUAGUGCUUCUUCCCAAAUAGGUGUGUGUCAGUGUAGUGCUUCUUCCCAAAUAGAUGUGUGUAAGUGUACUGCAUCUUCCCAAAUAAGUGUGUGUCUGUGUAGUGCUUCUUCCAAAAUAAGUGUGUGUCGGUGUAGUGCUUCUUCCCAAAUAAGUGUGUGUAAGUGUAGUGCUUCUUCCCAAAUAGGUGUGUGUCUGUGUAGUGCUUCUUCCCAAAUAAGAGCGUAUCAGUGUAGUGCUUCUUCCCAAGUAAGUGUGUGUAAGUGUCGAGCUUCUUCGCAAAUAAGUGUGUGUCAGUGUAGUGCUUCUUCCCAAAUAAGUGUGUGUCAGUGUAGUGCUUCUUCCCAAAUAAGUGUGUGUCAGUGUAGUGCUUCUUCACAAAUAAGUGUGUGUCAGUGUAGUGCUUCUUCCCAAAUAGGUGUGUGUCAGUGUAGUGCUUCUUCAAAAGUAAGUGUGUGUCAGUGUAGUGCUUCUUCCCAAAUAGGUGUGUGUCUGUGUAGUGCUUAUUCCCAAAUAGGUGUAUGUCAGUGUAGUGCUUUUUCCCAAAUAGGUGUGUUUCUGUGUAGUGCUUCUUCCGAAAUAGGUGUGUGCCUGUUUAGUGCUUCUUCCCAAAUAGGUGUGUGUCAGUGUAGUGCUUCUUCCCAAGUAGGUGUGUGUCAGUGUAAUGCUUCAUCCCAAAUAAGUGUGUGUCAGUGUAGUGCUUCUUCCCAAAUAGGUGUGUGUCAGUAUAGUGCUUCUUCCCAAAUAGGUGUGUGUCAGUGUAGUGCUUCUUCCCAAAUAGGUGUGUGUCAGUGUAGUGCUUACUCCCAAAUAGGUGUGUGUCAGUGUUGUGCUUCUUCCCAAAUAGGUGUGUGUCUGUGUAGUGCUUCUUCCCAAAUAGGUGUGUGUCUGUGUAGUGCUUUUUCCCAAAUAAGAGCGUAUCAGUGUAGUGCUUCUUCCCAAGUAAGUGUGUGUAAGUGUCGAGGUUCUUCGCAAAUAAGUGUGUGUCAGUGUAGUGCUUCUUCCCAAAUAAGUGUGUGUCAGUGUAGUGCUUCUGCCCAAAUAGGUGUGUGUCAGUGUGGUGCUUCUGCCCAAAUAGGUGUGUGUCAGUGUGGUGCUAUUUCCCAAAUAGGUGUGUGUCAGUGUAGUGCUUCUUCCCAAAUAGGAGUUUGUCUGUGUAGUCCUUCUUCCCAAAUAUGUGUGUGUCCGUGUAGUGCUUCUUUCCAAAUAGGUGUGUGUCAGUGUAGUGCUUCUGCCCAAAUAGGUGUGUGUCAGUGUGGUGCUAUUUCCCAAAUAGGUGUGUGUCUGUGUAGUGCUUCUUCCCAAAUAGGUGUGUGUCUGUGUAGUGCUUUUUCCCAAAUAAGAGCGUAUCAGUGUAGUGCUUCUUCCCAAGUAAGUGUGUGUAAGUGUCGAGCUUCUUCGCAAAUAAGUGUGUGUCAGUGUAGUGCUUCUUCCCAAAUAAGUGUGUGUCAGUGUAGUGCUUCUGCCCAAAUAGGUGUGUGUCAGUGUGGUGCUUCUGCCCAAAUAGGUGUGUGUCAGUGUGGUGCUAUUUCCCAAAUAGGUGUGUGUCAGUGUAGUGCUUCUACUAAAAUAGGUUGUAGUGCUUCUUCCCAAAUAGUUGUGUGUCAGUGUGGUGCUUCUUCCCAAAUAGGUGUGUGUCAGUGUAGUGCUUCUUCUAAAAUAAGUGUGUGUGUGUGUAGUGCUUCUUCCCAAAUAGGUGUGUGUCAGUGUAGUGCUUCUUCCCAAAUAGGUGUGUGUCAGUGUAGUGCUUCUGACCAAAUAGAUGUGUGUCAGUGUAGUGCAUCUUCCCAAAUAGGUGUGUGUCAGUGUAGUGCUUCUUCCCAAAUAGGUGUGUGUCAGUGUAGUGCUUCUAUUCAAAUAGGUGUGUGUCUAUGUAAUGCUUCUUCCCAAAUAGGCGUGUGUCUGUGUAGUGCUACGUCCCAAAUAGGUGUGUGUCUGUGUCGUGCUUCUUCCCAAAUAAGUGUGUGUCAGUGUAGUGCUUCUUCCCAAAUAAGUGUGUGUCAGUGUAUUGCUUCUUCCCAAAUAAGUGUGUGUCUGUGUAGUGCUUCUUCCCAAAUAGGUGUGUGUCUGUGUAGUGCUUAUUACCAAAUAGGUGUGUGUCAGUGUAGUGCUUCUUCCCAAAUAGGUGUGUGUCUGUGUAGUGCUUCUUCCCAAAUAGGUGUGUGUCUGUGUAGUGCUUAUUCCCAAAUAGGUGUGUGUCAGUGUAGUGCUCCUUCCCAAAUAGGUGUGUGUCUGUGUAGUGCUUCUUCCCAAAUAGGUGUGUGUCUGUGUAGUGCUUCUUCCCAAAUAGGUGUGUGUCUGUGUAGUGCUUAUUCCCAAAUAGGUGUGUGUCAGUGUAGUGCUCCUUCCCAAAUAGGUGUGUGUCAGUGUAGUGCUUCUUCCCAAAUAGGUGUGUGUCUGUGUAGUGCUUCUUCCCAAAUAGGUGUGUGUCUGUGUAGUGCUUAUUCCCAAAUAAGUGUGUGUCCGUGUAGUGCUUCUUCCCAAAUAAGUGUGUGUCAGUGUAGUGCUUCUUCCCAAUUAGUGUGUGUAAAUGUCGAGCUUCUUUGCAAAUAAGUGUAAGUCAGUGUAGUGCUUCUUCCCAAAUAAGUGUGUCUAAGUGUCGAGCUUGUUCGCAAAUAAGUAUGAGUCAGUGUAGUUCUUUUUCCCAAAUAAGUGUGAGUCAGUGUAGUGAUUCUUUACAAAUAAGUGUGUGUCAGUGUAGUGUUUCUUCCAAAAUAAGUGUGUGCCAGUGUAGUGCUUCUUCCCAAAUAAGUGUGUGUCAGUGUAGUGCUUCUUCCCAAAUAGGUGUGUGUCUGUGUAGUGCUUCUUCCGAAAUUGGUGUGUGCCUGUUUAGUGCUUCUUCCCAAAUAGGUGUGUGUCAGUGUAGUGCUUCUUCCCAAAUAGGUGUAUGUGUGUGUGUAGUGCUUCUUCCCAAAUAGGUGUGUGUCAGUGUUGUGCUUCUUCCCAAAUAGGUGUGUGUCUGCGUAGUGUUUCUUCCCAAGCAAGUGUGUGUCAGUAUAGUGCUUCUUCCCAAAUACGUCUGUGUCAGUGUAGUGCUUCUUCCCAAAUAAGUGUGUGUCAGUGUAGUGCUUCUUCCCAAAUAGGUGUGUGUCUGUGUAGUGCUUCUUCCCAAAUAAGUGUGUGUGAGUGUAGUGCUUCUUCCCAUGUAAGUGUGUGUCAGUGUAGUGCUUCUUCCCAAAUAGGUGUGUGUCAGUGUAGUGCUUCUUCCAAAUAGGUGUG